CGCUCUCGUUCUGUGUGCGUGUGUGUGUGUGUAUUCCUUGGAAAUGGCUCCCAUGUGGCGCAACGCUAAAUAAAACCAAAGGAGAGCUCUCCGCCACUUAAAAUAUCAUUUUUUGCAUACAAUCAACAUACGAAGUAUCUACAAGAUAGAAGUGUCUGUGUGUGCGUGCGGGAUCUGCUUUGAUUUGUGUGUGCUGAUAAACGGAUGAGGCACUGUCCGCCGCAACAAAUAAAAUACAAAUAUAUCCAACGAAAAACAACACAGAAAUACCCGCAUAAAGAUAUCAAACAGACAAUGUCAGACAAUCUUCAAGGCGACGCGACGUAUACUUAAUCUUUCAUCGUGUGGAGAGUGAAGGAAAAACCAUGAAUUGCCUGUGUCGGCCAUCGCGGAUUAUGUCCGUACGCAUUAAUUUGCUGGAUGAAACCGAGUUUAUACACGAGAUCAAGGAUGAUUUGCCGGGCCAGGCUCUGCUGGAUGUCGUCUUUGCCAGGCUCAAUUUAAUCGAGACCUCAUACUUCGGCAUACGUUAUAUCGACGAGGAGAAUCAAACGCACUGGCUGGACCCUGCCUCACGCAUCUCCCGUCAACUGAAACCCAAAUCGGAUCCAUACGACUUGUAUUUCGGUGUGAAGUUCUAUGCUGCCGAUCCGUGCAAGCUCCUGGAGGAAAUCACCAGAUACCAACUUUUUCUGCAAGUCAAACAGGAUGUACUUCAGGGACGACUGCCAGUGGCCUUUGAACUGGCCGCCGAGCUGGGUGCCUUUGUGAUCCAAUCCGAGCUGGGGGACUACGAUCAGCGACGCCACUCCAAGGGCUACGUCUCCGAGUUCCGGCUGCUGCCCAACCAAAGCAACGAGCUGGAGACGCGCGUCUCCGAGCUGCACCAGCAGCUCAAGGGCAUGUCCCCAUCCAGUGCCGAGCUGAACUAUCUGGACAAAGUCAAAUGGCAUGAUAUGUACGGCGUGGAUUUGCAUCCCGUUUUGGGCGAGGACAGCGUGGAGUACUUCCUGGGGCUCACGCCGAGCGGGAUUGUCGUGCUGCGCAACAAGACGACGGUGGCUCAUUACUAUUGGCCGCGCAUUGCCAAAGUUUAUUAUAAAGGACGCUAUUUUAUGCUCAGGAUAAGCGAUAAAAAUAAUGAGCUCAGCACUUACGGCUUCGAGACGCCUCGCAAAUCGGCGUGCAAACACUUGUGGAGAUGCUGCGUGGAGCACCAUGCGUUCUUCAGGCAGGUGCGCGUCGCCCCGCUGCCCAGCUCCCAGUCGCAUGCAACCGAUUUGUUCCAACUGGGAUCGCGCUUCAGGCACAGUCGCCCGGACAAGCAAACGGAGAAGGAUGCACUGGCCGCCGGACGAUCCCCGCCAGCCUUCACUCGCGUGCCCUCCAAGCGCCAGCCCAGACGCGUGAUUGAUGACUUUUUUAACAGCCACAAAGGAGGAGGCACCAACGGAGCAGGAGAAGGAGCCGGAGGUGGAGGUGGCGGAGCUCUUCUAGGCGGAGUCGUUGGCAACGGAGGAGUCGUCAGCGGUGCAGGAGGAGGCAUCAACAUGGGCAACAGGCCGCUGCCACAGCCAGGUCUGGGCAACAUCUCCAACAACUAUGACAGCCCCUACCGAUCCACGUAUAGCAUUCCCACCAGCCUGGGCAUCCGACCCUGCCACCAGCAGUCCCCCCAGCAGCAGCAGCAACAGAACAACAAUUCCAGCAGCUACAACAACAACAGCGGUGGCAACCUCCAGACACCUGACUCGCCGCGAAGCACGCGCAGUGCCCCAUGGCCCAGGUCGCAGCAAAGAUCGCUCUUCGGCCACAAUCCAUCGAGUCCGCGGUCCGUGAGAUCGGCCAGCACGGCGCAUCAUCACCACCAUCAUGGGCACCACAGCCAUGGCCAUGGCACCAGCCACCAUCCCCACCAGCAGUCGUCCUCGUCGUCGCACCACCAGCGACAGCAGCGGGCCAGCUCCUCAUCCGCCUCGCAUCAGCAGCAGCGCUACAGGUCCAGCUCUGUGGAGAGUCACUCCUCGAAUGAUUCCAGAUCCACAAGAAGACACAAGCAUCGCCAUCGUCGCACCUCCGACAAUGAGAGUGAACUCUCGCGAGGCUCAGGUCGUUCGGGGCGAUCGGGUCGCUCGCAUCAUCGCAAGCACCGCCGCUCGCACAGGCAUCGACGGGACUCGGCCGGCGGCUCUGAUCAUGACAGCACCCGGGGACGCAGUUACUCCGGACAUCGCAGCUCCUCGAUGAGGAGUGGAAGUGCCGAGCUUAUCGACUCCACGACGCAGUGGCGAGAGGUGCAAAGACGACAGGCGGAGGCCAGCCUUGGCCAGAGCUCCGUCCAGCAGGCGGCAGUCUCCAAGAGCAGCAUGGUGGCCCGCAGUCUGCACAGCAACGACAGCCACUCGGACACGCACUCGCACCACAAAUCAAGGAGGCAUCGCAAGAACAAAUCUCCUUCGGAGUCGCGCAGUCGCAUGUGGAACAGCGAGCUGGCCAAGCAUCUGCAGUUCGAUCUAGUGGACACCGAGGGCAUGUCGGAGCAGCAGCUACGGGAGAUCCCCUACACAGUGGUGGAGACCACCUCAAAGCGAUCCAACUCCAAUCUGAAGAUCCACAAGAGCAACAGCAAGAGCAGCGUGGGGGCCAAGAGCACGGGCUCAGGCAACACCAUAACCAAUGGCAGUGGCUCCGCCAGUGCCGGUCAGGCGAGGAUUCGCGUAGAUCGCAUCAGAGGGCUCUAUUACCAAAGUUCGCAUCCGCAUGAGGGUAACGGCGGUGGCGCCGGCGCGGGAGGAAAUGCUCCCAAGAACGGAUCCAUACGAUCGGCCAGCACGAUAUCAUCCCGAGAAUGUGAACGCAAUAAUGGACUGGUUAGAAUGAUGUCUAGCAUGAGCAUGGGUGACUUCAUCUCGCCCACUGGUUCGAAUCUGAGUCCAUUGGAGAACUCCGCUCUGCGUGUCUCACAUGAGCACACGGAUUCGGGUCUAGGUGCCGAUCAGGAUUAUGCCUACUCUUCAGAAAGGUCCAGUGACAGCACACGCUAUGGCACCAACAAAUCAUCGGGGGCCUCGAGCGGAUCCCAUCGAAAGUCGGGCGGCAGCGCCGGAGGCGGCACGAAUGGCGGCUACAACAGCCUCAUGCAACAGACUGUGAGUAAUCAACAGCAGCAGCAGCGCUCGCUGUUCGCCCAACAGCAGCGGCAACAGCAGCAGCAGCAACAGCAGAAGACCAAUUACAAAUACGCCUCCUCCUCAUCGACCACUAAUCCCACAAGCGGCGGUGCGGGCGGCCUGGCGCCGGUCCACAGUGCAUCCUCUUCCUCGGGCCAUGGUCACACGACUCCCAAUACCAAUCCCAAUUCCAAUUCCAACCCCAAUCCACAAACAAACGCAACUAACCCGAUGCAGUCGCCGGCGGCUGGCCACGCCAAUCGCCUGCUCCACUACACGACCUUUGAGAACAACCAGUACAAGUUCAGCCUGAACAAUGCCCUGGCCAGGGGCUCGGGAAUGGGAUCGGGAUCGAUGGCAGGUGCCGGCGUGGCCACCGGCGGCGGCAGCAGCAGCAAUCUCAUGGUAUCAACUGGUGGCGGAGGUGCUGGUGGGGGUGGUGGUGCUUUCAGCAGGCAACGCAGCUUCGUGGAGUGGCCCAGCAAUCCGGCGGCCCCGUACUACUAUCAGGGACCCUCGACGAGUGCGGCGCAGGUGAAGAGGCGCGACGCAAAGUCGGACAUUGGGGUCCCCACGCGACGUCUCUCCGGCCAGAGCAUAACCAAGACCCAGCUCCUGACGGGCGGGGGCGGCGGCGGCCAGUUGGCCAAUGCCAGCUGCUAUCCGCUGCACUACGCCAGCAGCAGCGUGACCAGCUCUGGGCAUAGCCGUCCCCCGGGUCAGCGCUCUGGUCAGGCCACAGCAUCGGGCCGCUAUGGGAUGCAGCCGGCCAAGUCGGAUCUCUUCUUGUCCUACAUCCAUGGGGCGGAGUACGAGCGGCCCUACAUCUACAACUAUAAGAUGCCGCAAAUGCCAGCCGGGUCGGGGCCGGGCGCUGGUUCUGGUUCUGGAGCUGCGGCUGGUGCUGGUGGUGUUCCUGGGGGAUCGCCCAAGCAGCAGCCCACCGCAUAUCACAUCUCUGGCUCCCAGACAGCCGAUCCGCCGCCACCGCCACCGCCUCUGUACGGCGGUUCGGCGCCCGCCAACGAUGUCAUGUACUAUCAGUUUGACAAAGGAGCCGCUCCGUCAACGUCAACGCCGCCCAUUGUACAGCAGCCGCAGUCGAUGCAGUCGAUGCAAUCGAUGGCAUCGAGGCAGCCAUCGUCUUCGUCGUCGUCGGUGGCUGCCGGUCCAUUAGUCUAUCUGCAACAUGGACAGAAUGUUGCCCCAUCGAAUGUCACCUCCACGCAGCAAACUAGCGCAAUUCCAAAGCCCGCCACCGCCCACAACAACGUUCCUGCCCUGGCAGUAGGACCCGGCGGCAGCUCCUCGAAUCCGCCGCCCACGGCCUUCUGCAAACUUUGGUUGCAGCAACAGGAAAAGCAGCAACAGCAACAGCAGCAGCAGCAACAACUCUAUGAGCAGGAGCAGCAGGCAUGGCUCUAGGAAAGAAUAAACUACAUCCACAACACGCACAACAUGUAAGUGGAAAGUUAAAUGGAAACUACAUGCGGGCUCUUGCACAAAAGUGUGCUACGGAGAAGCAGGAGCAGCACCACCAGGAGGCAGCAGCAGCCAACAACCAGCAGGCAACAAUAAACAACAUUUAAAAGCCGCCGGGGCCAAAGUUGGGGCCAAAAGUUGGGCAGAGACUCUUGUCGUUUGCAAAUUAAGUGCACAUUAUGCCAACAUGUAAAUAGAUAAUGUAGUUCUAUAUAUAUAUAUGCAACUCUAUGUGUGUAUGUGUACAUAAGUUUUGAAAAUUUACAAAAAAAAAGAAAGAAUAAAAAAAGUUAAUCAGCUAAGCCAGGAAACACUCUAAAAACCCAAAAGGAACAGGAAAUAUGCAAUGGAAAAUAAAGAGAAACGAAAAACAAAGUUAGCUUAAGAUGCGAAUAAUCAAAAAGCCAAAAAAGCAAAUGUAUCUCACAGAUAAACAACAGCAAAAGGGGGGCGGGCAGGGGAGGGGAGGGGCUGGUCUGGCAUAAAAGCAAAAAUAAAUUGUGCGUUAAUGAUAAGCGGGGCACAUUUCAGCGGCAUAAAAUUUAUUAAAAUAUGCGCACGAGCCAGACAACAGGCGAUGGAACGACGGCCUAAGGAAUCUUUGGGGCCAGCCCCCCCCCCCAACAUGUAUUUAUGCUUGCCAGGCGCACACACACACACAACACACACACAAAGAUAAGCAAGGAGAGAGAUAGAGAGGGAGAUACAUGGAAAGCGACUUUGCCCGGAAAUCGUUAGCGAUAAAUAUAAAAUUUUAUUGUUCUCCUUGUAUCUGUAUCUGUGUGUGCGUGGGAGUUUGUAGGGUGUAUGCGUGUGUGGGUGUGUGCUCCUGCAAGUAAAUUAAAUAUACGUUUUUAUUAACUACUAAGAACCAAUUUGAUACGCAUUUAAAUAAUGCCUCUUACACAAGAGCCCACACACACACACACCCACACACCGACACACAGAAAAAAUUAUGUAAAAUUUAAUUUUACUGCAUUUGAAGAGGAGAGUAGGAGGAGUAGCAGCAGAAGCAAAAGCCAAAUAAAUGUAAUAGCCUAUGUAUGUAAUUUAAAUAAUAAUAAAAUAUUCGAAUACUAUGUAUGCAACACGAAAAAGAUACUUUAGUUGUAGAUCUACCUACUCGUAUGUGUAUUGUAUGGUUAUGUGGCUAUUGCCCCCGAAAACUACUUACUUACUUAUGCCAACAACGUCCAAUAAUUUCAAUAAUAUUUGUGUAAGCGUAACGCCGGAAGGAUGGAAGGGUGGAAGGGAGAACUUUUGACCAUAUAUGUAUUUAUAUACACUUUAAGCCCAAUUUAGUUUAGUUUAAUCAUUUGGCAGCUAAUUUAAGUGCUCAACCUUUCUGUGAAUGUGAAUGUGAAUGGAAAUGUCUGCUCUGUCUAUCUGUCCGUCCGUCAUGCACUCUCCGUGUAAAUAUCAAACAAACUGAAUGACCCUUUACUGUCCCCACUUGAACUCUGCUGUCCUGUCCUGUCGUGUCCCUCAAACAGAACACACAAAUCAAAUGAAAUAUAAUAAAACUACAGAUUAUGAUCGGAUUAGAGUUACGAAUAUGGAAUGCAUAUGAAAAAUAUUAUCGAUUAAAAAAACCUUAUACACAAAAAUCUAUUUCAUAUUGGUGUAAACGUAAACAAAUAAAUACGAUUAAAUGUCUCUAACAAGA